CUUCUCACGGACUCCUGCUUACCCCGAGACGCCCGCAGCCCGAGGACUCACUAGCGGCAGAGACCGCGGGCCCGGGCGCGGGGGAGGCCGCCGAUCGAGUCGGCUCCCUCCGCCCCGCGAAGCCUGCACGCCCGCCGGUGAAUCAAAAAGGGCCCAGGAAGCCUAUGAAUGUUGGAGAAAAUUCAUCUGUGAAUUUCUGAUGUUUAAGGAGUUCAUAUUUGUAUUCAUCUUUUAAACUGGGAAGAUUUAUAUUUUAUUUUAAAACUUCUUGGUAUUUACAAUGAAUGGACACAGUGAUGAAGAAAGUGUUAGAAACAGUAGUGGAGAAUCAAGCCAGUCGGAUGAUGAUUCUGGGUCAGCUUCGGGCUCAGGAUCUGGUUCAAGUUCUGGAAGCAGUAGUGAUGGAAGCAGUAGCCAGUCAGGUAGCAGUGACUCUGAAUCCGGAUCUGAAUCGGGCAGUCAGUCAGAGUCUGAAUCAGACACUUCCCGAGAAAACAAAGUCCAAGCAAAACCACCGAAAGUUGAUGGAGCUGAGUUUUGGAAAUCUAGCCCUAGUAUACUGGCCGUGCAGAGAUCUGCAAUGCUCAAGAAGCAGCAGCAGCAGCAGCAGCAGCAGCAGGCUUCAUCUAAUAGUGGAACAGAGGAGGAUUCCUCCAGCAGUGAAGAUUCUGAUGACUCAUCGAAUGAGGUCAAAAGGAAAAAACAUAAAGAUGAAGACUGGCAAAUGUCUGGGUCAGGAUCUCCAUCUCAGUCUGGUUCAGAUUCAGAAUCUGAAGAAGAAAGAGAUAAAAGCAGUUGUGAUGAAACAGAAUCUGAUUAUGAGCCAAAAAACAAAGUUAAAAGCAGAAAACCUCAAAAUAGAUCUAAGGCAAAAAAUGGGAAGAAAAUUCUUGGACAAAAAAAGAGACAGAUUGAUUCAUCUGAGGAGGAAGAUGAUGAAGAAGAUUAUGAUAAUGAUAAAAGAAGUUCUCGUCGCCAGGCAACUGUCAAUGUUAGCUAUAAAGAAGAUGAAGAAAUGAAAACAGAUUCUGAUGAUCUACUGGAGGUCUGUGGAGAGGAUGUUCCUCAACCUGAGGAAGAAGAAUUUGAAACAAUAGAACGUUUUAUGGAUUGUCGGAUUGGGAGAAAAGGAGCUACUGGUGCUACUACAACCAUCUAUGCAGUUGAAGCAGAUGGUGACCCAAAUGCAGGAUUUGAAAAAAACAAGGAACCAGGCGAGAUCCAAUAUUUGAUUAAAUGGAAAGGAUGGUCCCAUAUUCACAAUACUUGGGAGACAGAAGAAACCCUUAAGCAGCAGAAUGUUAGAGGAAUGAAAAAAUUGGAUAACUAUAAGAAAAAAGAUCAGGAAACAAAAAGAUGGUUGAAAAAUGCUUCUCCAGAAGAUGUGGAAUAUUAUAAUUGCCAGCAAGAACUUACAGAUGAUCUACACAAACAGUAUCAAAUUGUGGAACGAAUAAUUGCUCAUUCCAAUCAGAAGUCAGCAGCUGGUUAUCCCGAUUAUUACUGUAAAUGGCAGGGCCUUCCAUACUCAGAGUGCAGCUGGGAGGAUGGAGCUCUAAUUUCCAAAAAGUUUCAAGCAUGCAUAGAUGAGUAUUUUAGCAGGAAUCAAUCAAAAACCACUCCUUUUAAAGAUUGCAAAGUAUUAAAACAAAGGCCAAGAUUUGUAGCCCUAAAAAAGCAACCAUCCUAUAUUGGAGGACAUGAGAGUUUAGAAUUAAGAGAUUAUCAACUGAAUGGUUUAAAUUGGCUUGCUCACUCUUGGUGCAAAGGAAAUAGUUGCAUCCUUGCUGAUGAAAUGGGCCUUGGAAAAACAAUACAGACGAUCUCAUUUCUGAACUAUUUGUUUCAUGAACAUCAAUUAUAUGGACCUUUUCUGUUAGUGGUACCACUUUCCACUCUUACUUCUUGGCAAAGGGAAAUUCAGACAUGGGCUUCUCAAAUGAAUGCUGUGGUUUAUUUAGGUGACAUUAACAGUAGAAAUAUGAUAAGAACUCAUGAAUGGAUGCAUCCCCAGACCAAACGGUUAAAAUUUAAUAUACUUUUAACAACUUAUGAAAUUUUAUUGAAGGAUAAGGCAUUCCUUGGAGGUCUAAAUUGGGCAUUUAUAGGUGUAGAUGAAGCACAUCGAUUAAAGAAUGAUGACUCUCUUCUGUAUAAAACUUUAAUAGACUUUAAGUCCAAUCAUCGUCUCCUCAUUACUGGAACUCCUCUACAAAACUCCCUCAAAGAGCUCUGGUCUUUGCUACAUUUCAUUAUGCCAGAAAAGUUUUCUUCCUGGGAAGAUUUUGAAGAAGAACAUGGAAAAGGCAGAGAAUAUGGUUAUGCAAGCCUCCACAAGGAGCUUGAGCCAUUUCUGUUACGCAGAGUUAAAAAAGAUGUGGAAAAAUCUCUUCCUGCCAAGGUUGAGCAGAUUUUAAGAAUGGAAAUGAGUGCUUUACAGAAACAGUAUUACAAAUGGAUAUUAACUAGGAAUUACAAAGCCCUAAGCAAAGGUUCCAAGGGCAGUACCUCAGGCUUUUUGAACAUUAUGAUGGAGCUAAAGAAAUGUUGUAACCAUUGCUACCUCAUUAAACCACCAGAUAAUAAUGAAUUCUAUAAUAAACAGGAGGCCUUACAACACUUAAUCCGUAGUAGCGGAAAAUUGAUUCUUCUUGACAAACUGUUAAUUCGUCUAAGAGAACGAGGCAAUAGAGUUCUUAUUUUUUCUCAAAUGGUGCGGAUGUUAGAUAUUCUUGCAGAAUAUUUGAAAUAUCGUCAAUUCCCCUUUCAAAGAUUAGAUGGAUCAAUAAAAGGGGAGCUGAGAAAACAAGCUCUAGAUCAUUUUAAUGCUGAAGGAUCAGAGGAUUUCUGCUUUUUACUUUCCACAAGAGCUGGAGGCUUGGGAAUUAAUUUAGCCUCCGCUGACACUGUUGUUAUAUUUGAUUCUGAUUGGAAUCCACAAAAUGAUCUUCAGGCACAGGCUAGAGCUCAUCGAAUUGGGCAGAAGAAACAGGUGAAUAUUUAUCGUCUAGUUACGAAAGGAUCAGUUGAAGAGGAUAUACUUGAAAGGGCCAAAAAGAAGAUGGUUUUAGAUCACCUUGUAAUUCAGAGAAUGGACACAACUGGGAAGACAGUACUGCAUACAGGUUCUGCCCCCUCAAGUUCUACUCCUUUCAAUAAAGAAGAAUUAUCAGCCAUUUUAAAGUUUGGCGCCGAGGAACUUUUUAAGGAACCUGAAGGAGAAGAGCAAGAGCCCCAGGAAAUGGAUAUAGAUGAAAUCUUGAAGAGGGCUGAAACUCAUGAAAACGAACCAGGCCCUUUAACUGUAGGAGAUGAGUUGCUUUCCCAGUUCAAGGUUGCCAACUUUUCAAAUAUGGAUGAGGAUGACAUUGAGCUGGAACCAGAAAGAAAUUCAAAGAAUUGGGAAGAAAUAAUUCCAGAAGAUCAAAGAAGACGAUUAGAAGAGGAAGAAAGACAAAAGGAACUUGAAGAAAUUUAUAUGCUUCCAAGAAUGAGAAACUGUGCAAAACAGAUUAGUUUUAAUGGAAGUGAAGGGAGGCGCAGUAGAAGUAGGAGAUAUUCUGGAUCUGACAGUGACUCGAUCUCAGAAAGGAAAAGGCCAAAGAAACGUGGAAGACCACGGACUAUUCCUCGAGAGAAUAUCAAAGGAUUUAGUGAUGCAGAAAUUAGGCGGUUUAUCAAGAGUUACAAGAAAUUUGGUGGCCCUCUGGAAAGAUUAGAUGCAAUUGCUCGGGAUGCUGAAUUAGUUGAUAAGUCAGAGACAGACCUCCGGCGAUUAGGAGAAUUGGUGCAUAAUGGUUGCAUUAAAGCUUUAAAGGAUAAUUCUUCGGGAACAGAACGAACAGGUGGUAGACUUGGAAAAGUGAAGGGUCCAACAUUCCGAAUAUCAGGUGUACAGGUGAAUGCCAAGCUUGUCAUCUCCCACGAAGAAGAAUUAAUACCAUUGCACAAAUCCAUUCCUUCAGAUCCAGAAGAAAGAAAGCAGUAUACUAUCCCAUGCCACACAAAGGCAGCUCAUUUUGAUAUAGACUGGGGCAAAGAAGAUGAUUCCAAUUUGUUAAUUGGUAUCUAUGAAUAUGGAUAUGGAAGCUGGGAAAUGAUUAAAAUGGAUCCUGACCUCAGUUUAACACACAAGAUCCUUCCAGAUGAUCCUGAUAAAAAACCACAAGCAAAGCAAUUGCAGACACGUGCGGACUACCUCAUCAAAUUACUUAGUAGAGAUCUUGCCAAAAAAGAAGCUCAGAGGCUUUCUGGUGCAGGAGGGUCAAAGAGGAGAAAAGCAAGAGCUAAGAAGAAUAAAGCAAUGAAGUCUAUAAAAGUGAAAGAAGAAAUAAAGAGUGACUCUUCACCCCUGCCUUCAGAGAAGUCCGAUGAAGAUGAUGAAAAGGAUGAGAUCACUUCUGUGAAACAUCCAAAUAAAAAAAUUAAAACAGAAAGAGACAGUGAAGAAAGACCUGAGCCAGAUGUUUUUAUAAAGAAGGAAUCAGAAGAAAAGAGGGAAGCAAAAGAAAAAGAGAAUAAAAGAGAACUUAAAAGGGAGCUAAAAGAAAAAGAGGAUAAGAAAGAUAUAAAGGAAAAAGAUUUUAAAGAGAAAAGAGAAAACAAAGUAAAAGAAGCUAUACAGAAAGAAAAAGACAUAAAGGAAGAAAAGUUGAGUGAAUCCAAGUCUGAUAGCAAGGAAAGAUCCAAGAAAUCUUCAGUGUCAGAUGCUCCAGUUCAUAUCACCGCAGGUGGUGAACCAGUUCCCAUAUCUGAAGAAUCUGAAGAGCUAGAUCAGAAGACAUUCAGCAUUUGUAAAGAAAGGAUGAGGCCUGUCAAAGCAGCUUUGAAACAACUUGAUAGGCCUGAAAAAGGCCUUUCAGAAAGAGAACAAUUGGAGCAUACUAGACAGUGUUUAAUAAAAAUUGGAGACCAUAUCACAGAAUGUCUGAAAGAGUAUGCAAAUCCUGAACAAAUCAAGCAGUGGAGAAAAAACCUGUGGAUUUUUGUAUCUAAGUUUACGGAGUUUGAUGCAAGAAAAUUACAUAAAUUAUACAAACAUGCUAUUAAAAAACGGCAGGAAUCUCAGCAAAAUAAUGACCAGAACAGCAACUUGAAUGCUCAAGUGAUUAGAAAUCCAGAUGUGGAAAGAUUAAAAGAGAAUACAAAUCACGAUGAUAGCAGCAGGGACAGUUAUUCAUCUGAUAGACAUUUAUCUCAGUAUCAUGAUCAUCAUAAAGACCGACAUCAGGGAGAUUCUUAUAAAAAGAGUGACUCUAGGAAAAGACCCUAUUCUUCUUUUAGUAAUGGUAAAGAUCAUCGUGACUGGGAUCAUUACAAGCAAGAAAGCAGGUAUUACAGUGAUAGAGAGAAACACAGAAAACUGGAUGAUCACAGGAGUAGAGAUCACAGGUCAAAUUUGGAAGGAAGUUUAAAGGAUAGAUCUCAUUCUGAUCAUCGUUCUCAUUCAGAUCAUCGGUUACAUUCAGACCAUCGGGCAAGUUCUGAAUAUACACACCAUAAAUCUUCCAGGGAUUAUAGGUAUCAUUCAGAUUGGCAAAUGGACCACAGAGCUUCCAGUAGUGGCCCCAGAUCACCUUUAGAUCAGAGAUCUUCUUAUGGCUCCAGAUCUCCAUUUGAACACUCAGUUGAACACAAAAGUACACCCGAGCAUACCUGGAGUAGUCGGAAAACAUAACAAAAACUGAUACUUUGUUUUUCUGGACUUUUCUUUUAGCCAUAUAUCAUAAACCAACACAGUAAUUGCCUUACAUGACUUGAAAGAUAUAAACAGAUCUUCUAUCAGUAGCAGUAUUGUUACUUCUUUCCAGGAUGCAAGGUCUAUUAUCCCAACAGAAGAGAAAAUAUUUUUAUAUUUAAGGAUUAUGCUGCACUGUACUACAAAUACUGUAGUACUUUUUUUUUCUUUUUUAAAGAAAUGGAAAAUGUUUACUAUUACAGGGACCUCAACACUGCCCUUCCAUAUAGGCUGGAUAAAACUGUUUUUAAGUCAGUGAUUUUAGACUGACCUCCAUUUAAAUUAUGUUUGUAUAUGAACUUUACUCUGACCUGUGAUCAUGUUUCAGGAAGGAAUGAAAGAGAGUUCUUUUCUUAAUAAAGAAAAAACACUCAAGGACUUUGUUCACUUUCCAAAGCUACUUGUUUACAUUGUACACUGCGACCACCUUGCCGCUUUUCAUCACAAGCUUGAAUAUUUAAAUUCUGUACUUAUAUCUGUAAAAUAGCCAGGAAUUUCCUGUUUGUGAUCUAUUAUUAUGCCUUUUUACACACACACAUACACACAAAUGGCUGUAAAUUAUUGUAAAUGGAUUAAAAUGAGCUUUCCUUACUUCCUUUCCCUUCUCAGGCUUUUUUUGACUGUUCCUUUCCCUACCAACUCAGGCCUUCUUAUCAUUUGAAAAUAUCAGUGUAAUAACACUUUUUAAUGAUUUGUCUGAUGGAAUCAUUGUUUAGAAUGUAAAAAAUGGGGAAAGGGGCCACUUAAUUCCAUUAGUCCUCUUUUUAUAUUGACUAUUUUAUUAGAUACAUGUUAUUUUUUUUUUUCUUUUGUAGUAAAUAUUGUGUUUGUAGUAACAAAAUGGUGAGAUAAUAUGUAAAAUCUAAACUGCAUGCUCUGGAAACAUUUUUUUCAGAUGCAUUUGGUUUAAAAGGGUAGGUGUAUGAACACUUUUCAGAAUCCAAAAUGGCCAAAAGUUAUUGUAAAUCCAUUUGUUUUCCCUUUUCAUGUGGGCAAUAAUGUCAAAUGUGCUAUGCAGCCAGGUAACAUUUUAGAUAAACUUGAUUGACUUUUAAUAUAAACUGUUACAAUGCACACUGAUUGUAUAUAAAAACCUUAUAUAUGACAAAUUAAAUUUAAGAAAAAGGAUAUGUGGGCUCCUGUAAUUUUCUGCUGCAUUCUUAUUCCCUUAAGCACUUAACUUUGUUUUUUUUUUUUUAAGUGAUAAUGUUUAGCUACCAGGAAAAAGGUAUUUUGGUAAGCAGUUAACUAUUGUCAAUGUGUGGCACUACAACUAAAUCUAUUUUGAAGACUAUAUGAACAAUCUAUGAAGUAAAAUUGAGAUCAUAGAAAUCUUUGUUGGACUCUUGUUGGUUUCCUGCAGAUUUUAUUUUAGAAUGCCUUAUAUUUAUUCACAGAUUUUUAUUUUGUUAUAUUCAGUGGGAAUUUUUGAGUCAGUGUGGCAUACAUUGGAUGUGUGCUAUGCUGUAGCGAAUUUGAAUCUUAACUUCAACAAAUAUAAGUAUAUUGGUAUAUGCUUAUAAUAUUCUUAAAUGUGUCCCUGUUGAUUAACUGUGGGAACAGUCUACAGAAAUUUAUUCAUAGAUGGUGUAUUUUUUAGACAUUUUUCUUUUAUCUAUUUAGGUCUAAGAUUUUAUCUGUACGAAACAAAGCUUCCCCGUCCCCCUUUUUUGGGAAUAGUGAUACCUCUUUUAGUUACCCUGAAGAAUAAUAAUCUAUUUUUCCCUGGCAUAUCAGAUAACAUAGCAAAAAUAACUCAGUUUUUAAACAUUAAUUUAUAAUUAAAUAUAAAAGUGAUAAAACAGUUUAGUGCCAGUACAUUUUUUAAGCUUUUCCACUUUUUUCCAUAUUGAGUAUAAAUGAUUAUUCCAUAAGAUAGCAUUUAACAAGGAAAUACAAUACUUAAUGAAAUUGUAAUAUUAACACAGAAAACAGAUCAGGGUUGGCAUUUUUAAUUCAUUUUGUAGCUGGGAUAUUUGUGUUAUAUCCUAUUGUACAGAUUUCAUAGAAGAACAAUAUUAACAUAUUUUGAGGCAAUGGAAUGGCUUUAAUUUCUUAAUGACAUAUCUAGUUGAAUAUUUCAGUCAAUUAGUUGAGUUGAAUGAAAAAUCUAAAACUGUUUGUAACAUUAAUUGAUGGAAAAUAUGUUCAUUAUUUGUAAGAAAUCAUCAAUCCUAUAGAAAAGGAAUAAGCCAUAAACUUAUUAAGACACAAUGGAGAAGAACAUUAGUGCAUAGAUAUAACAGGGAACAUUCUCUAUAAAAUAUGCUUAAAUUUUGUCUUACAUGCUUAUUCUGCUUUGCUAUUUUUAUUCAUUUGUGUUUAAAUUUUCAAGGGUGAGAGAUUAUGCAUAGUACUGUACCAGUUAACCUCCACUUCAAUAAUAUACAAUAAAUGAUUCUUAUUAAAAGCAAUGGCCUCUUUGCUUAUAAAGAAAAUAUUCUUUGUUCAGGAUAUGUUAGAAAAUAAUUUUAGACUGGAAAGCUGUCAAAAACGAGUGUGAAUGAUUGAUUAAUUUCAGAGUAAGUGGCUUAAUAAAACAAACCUUUAUAGUUGCAUGAAAUAUGGUAGGUUACAUAUAUGGUAAUUUAUGUAAUCCAUUUUUCUAGUUAAAUAAUGAAAGGGUUGUAUAGAUACACUGAUUGACACUGAUUUCAUUUCUAUGGGAUUUAAAGAAUAUGCACUGGGGUAAUUAGCAUAAUUCCUAUCUUUAUUACUCUUUCUGACUAAUAAUAGAGUUUUAUAGUUGUAAUUGUUUUGCAGGAAGUACAGUGAUUUGGGAGUAAGGGUAGGUAGGGAAAAGCAGCUAAUUUUUAAAUAUGGGAUUCUUUUGGACUUACCCAUCUUCAUUUGAAAUUGUAAUACGAACUCAUAAAUGUGGCUUGUUAAAAUUUUAAGUAGUUUGUUACUUAACAAGUAAUGCAAAAAAAAAUUUUAAAUGUUUCUAAAUUGAUAUUUAAGGUAUUAAUAUAAACAACUAUCAGACCCCAUUACUGAAUUUCAAGACUCAUAUAUUGUAGCACUUAAUGCAAGAUUUGUGAUGAACAUGUUUAAGGACAGGCAACUAGGCACAGUACAACAAAAAUACCCUGAGGCAAAAUAAUGUCAAAAAAACUUCUUGUUAAAAGUUUAAAACAAAACAAUUGAAAUUAUAUUUUCUCCUGGCAAUGGCUAUAGUAAUUGAUUUGAUAGAUGCUUUGUGCUAACUUUUUCUUCUUUUUUUAAGAACCAAAUAGAUUGAUUUUAUUAUAGGAUAUCUUUAGAUUCUUUAUAAAGAAAGACCUAAGGAUAGGAGAUCCUAACUACAUUAAAGAAUCAAAGGUAAGAUUAUUUGGUAAAGUAGGAUUAAAAUAUACUUCUAGGUUUUUUCCAAAUACCUAUACAAAUUCUUCAGUGGGACUUCAUGUGCCAUAUUUUCUAUCCUAAAAGGCCUUUAGUCACCUUGUCCUUUAAUCAAAAUAAAACAAAAAACCACCAAACUUAACCCACCUUUAUUUUGAAAUAAGACUGGUAGUUCAAAUUCCCAAAUGAAUAAGAUGCUUUUAAUUCUGUGUCCCAAUCUGCAUUUGAGUCUUGAUCUAAAUAUUAAAUUGAAAUGGUAUAGGUUGUCUCCAAACAAAACUUGAGUUCAUAAUGCUUCUCUUAAAUGAGCUAAAAUAUUGAUUGCAUGGAUGAUCUACAUUAUCUGCCAGAAAUGUGGAUUGAAUUGUAGUUUUAUUAUUUUAGACUACUGUUAGGUUUUCAGUCUGUUGAUGAGCUGUGGAAUUGACCUGACACAUUGUUUUUUUCCUCUUUUUACCGUUCAAAACUUGCUUUGUCUCUGGUGUUCUUCUAUUUCACUAUGCUGAGUUUAGGUGUGGUUUUAUUUUUUUUUAGAUCAGGUCUUGCCUCAACCAGUUCUUGGUACUUUCUGGAAACCUAUGGUAUUACUAUCAUAAUGGUUUUUGGUUUUUUUUUUUAUGUCUGUCCUCUGUCUCACCAAUUUUACUGUUUUCCUUUAAUCUUUCCAUUUCUGUGCUGAAUAUCUUCAGCUUCAACUACUCCCCUGAACUCAUCUCCACUUAGAUAUCUAAUAGGUAUCUAAUCUUAAAGUAUGUAAAACCAGACUCUUCUCCACCAGUAACAUCAAACAACAACAAAACAACUGCCAAUCUUCCAUAAUUUUUGAUAAAUGAAUGGGCUUGGCAAUUAUAACUUUAUAAUAUGUGGCACUUAACCCCUAGCUAUUUCUAUUCUUUCUGUCUCACAUUACUCCUAUUGUUUAGAAAACCCCAAAGAAUACUUUUGGGACUUUGCAUUGUUGGUCAUUCAGUCAAGAAAGCCUUUAUCCCUCCCUGAUUUGUACAAAACUUGUUCCCUCACUUAAAUAAUUCAAGUCAAGUCUGCUCACAUGUCACAUCAAGUCUCUAAACUGGUGCUGUGCCCCUAUCAAUCAUUUUUGAAUCCCUUUUCUUUUCCUUCUAGCACUUGUCAUUACUUGACUUUUUUUUUUUUUUUUUUUCUUUUUUUCAUUUGUCACUGGCUGCUUCCUCGUGAACAUGUAUGUUCCUUAGGGGCAGGACUUCAUAUUCACUGAGGUAACCCAAGUACCUAAAACAAUGCCUCAUGUAUCAAUUGCAUUUUUUUCAUUAUUUUGGUUCUUUCCCAGAAAUGCCAUGUCCCAUAAGUGGCAAGAAUUAUUAAACUUUUGUCUUUCCAUUAUUACCUGAUCUGUUGGUAUAUUUGGAAACAUUUAUAUGCCUAUCAGUAUUUCAAUUACUAGAGUCUUUUUACUAUCUCUUGCUUUUUAACUCAACUAAUAAAAAUCACCUGAAACAGAGAAAUACCUAAGUCUCAUCUAGAAAUUAAAGGUCUCAAGUAAUAGGAUUUUAGGGAUUUUAAUAUUUAUUUUAUUGAUUUGAAUAAUAACAGAGGUUAAUUCCCCUCUUAAAACACUAUGCUUCUAUAUAAAUGAAAAACAUUUUUGUAACUUAUGACUGCUUAGAAAGAUAAUGAUACUUUGUGAAGAGAUAUUCAGAGAUGUGGUAUGUAAUAGAAAAAUAUAAAACAUUUUAAUAUGUCUGUUCCUUAAUCUUUUGAUAGGAAAAAUGUUUUUUGGUGGCAUGAUAGACUGUCCUAUGCUACUCAUAAGGAAAGAGUACAACUUAUAAAAACACCAUAAAGCAAGAGAAACAUGCUACAUUUGCAAUGUCUUUAAGGUGAAAUAGCCAAAAAAAUUCCCUCUCUGGCUGGUUUUUGAUAUUUUCCCAUUAAAAAUUUAGAUCAUGUUUAUAUAGGGUAAAUGCAUCCUUUUUAGGUAUACAUUGUAAUAAGCUUUGACAUAUUACACAGUUGUUCAACCACCAACAUAUUUAAGAUACAAAAACAUUUUCAGUACCUCAAAAAAGUUAUCCUAUACUAAUUUCCCAGUACCUAGUCCCUGGCAACCACCGAUUUGUUCCUACAGUUUUACAUUUUCCAUAAUGUUAUUUAAAGGAGUCAUACAAAAUAUAGGUUUUGAGCCAAGCUUUCACUUAGUAUAGUGUUUUUGAGAUUCAUCUGUGUUUUUGCAUUGAGAGUAGCUCAUUACUUUUUAUUUUUAAGUGCCAUUCUUCAUACAGUUUGUUUAUCCAUUCACCAACUGGACUUCCAGUCAUUUGGCCAUUAUGAUUAAAGAUGCAAUAAACUGUCACAUGCAAGUCUCUGGGUAGACGUAUUCUAAACUUUGGAAGUACUUUGGAGUAGGACUUCUAGGUUGUAUGGUAAAGUACGUGUUUUAUUUUAUAAGAAAACUGCCAAACUAUUUUUCAAAGCAGAUAUGCCAUUUUAUGUUCCCAGCAGCUAUAGAUGAAAGUUCUUGUUACCCUUUAACCAUGUGAGCAUUUUGUACUGUAGUGUUUGUUUAUUGUUUUUGUUCUUUUUGUUUUCAUGUAGCCAUUCUGGUAGGUGUCUAGUGGUAACAAGUAAUUUGCAUUUCUCUAGAGACUAAUGGUAUUCAACAUCUUUUAAUGUGUUUGUCAUUCUUAUUUCUAGUCUUCAAAAAUUUUUCCAAUUUUAUAAAUAGUAUUGUUUAUAGAAUUCACAUAUCAAAUAAAUGCAAUUUUUUUUCUAGUCUA